AUGCACCCCAGACUUUUGAUACCCCUUCGGCGUCAUUCAACCAAUGAUCAUAUGCCGGUUACCGGCAGUCGGCAAGCCAUGACAGAAACAUGGGGCUCAUCAACUGGGGCUCCUCAACUGCCGGCUAACAUCGAGUUAUGAACGAUGAAGACUUGGCUGGUCAGCACUACACACAGUCCAUAGUGAUUCCUAGCUUCCGCGCUCUUUAUAAAAUCUGGACGCUGUAGAGUUUCGAUUCUAGCGGCUAUUUAUUCAAGCUUACACCUUGAAGGAAGCAAAUCUGGUGUAAUGAAGAGAAGGUUUCUACCUACAGCUGGGACCUGACAGCGUCAGCAUUGGGUCCAGGAAGUUUACAUACAACUCACCAAGACGUCAGGAUGGUCCAACACACGGCAUUGAGCGCGAUCAUUUAUGCUGGCCUCGUCUCGGCUGGCGCGAACCCUCAAGACGCGGUUGACAAACUAGCCGAAUCCAGCCUGCCAAAGCUGGAGGAGUGGCUGAUUAAGAACCCGCAGCCCGGUUACGCCUGCAAGACGGCCGCAAAGCGGAAGGAAUGGAGUGAUCUGAGUCUCGCCGAGCGCAAGCAGUACACAGAUGCUAUUCUCUGCCUGCAGUCCAAGCCCGCCUUGACCAGUAGGUAGGCACUAGGGGCAGAGAGCAGGUUUAACGAUUACGGCAUGGAUAUCAAAUAACGAGCACGAAAUCCGAACUUUCUGACUAUAUUGAUCCUCCCAGUCGUCUUUCAUAUCCAGCAAACUCCCAAGAACCAUGGCUCAGUACGACACGCCUGUGCGAGAACUUACGAUGGGCACU